AUGUGUGAUGAUGAUGAAACCACUGCCCUUGUCUGUGACAAUGGUUCUGGGCUUUGCAAAGCUGGGUUUGCAGGAGACGAUGCCCCAAGAGCUGUAUUUCCAUCCAUCGUUGGACGUCCUCGACAUCAGGGUGUUAUGGUUGGAAUGGGUCAAAAGGACAGCUAUGUAGGGGAUGAAGCACAAAGUAAAAGAGGGAUCCUGACACUGAAGUAUCCCAUUGAGCAUGGAAUCAUCACUAACUGGGAUGACAUGGAAAAGAUUUGGCAUCAUUCUUUCUAUAACGAGCUCCGUGUUGCACCAGAAGAACACCCUGUGCUGCUCACUGAAGCCCCCUUGAACCCAAAGGCAAACCGUGAAAAAAUGACUCAGAUUAUGUUUGAGACGUUCAAUGUGCCAGCCAUGUAUGUAGCAAUUCAGGCAGUGCUGUCUCUGUAUGCAUCUGGACGAACUACUGGGAUAGUUUUGGAUUCUGGGGAUGGUGUCACACAUAAUGUGCCCAUCUAUGAGGGCUAUGCCUUGCCUCAUGCCAUUAUGAGAUUGGAUCUUGCAGGCAGAGACCUGACUGACUAUCUCAUGAAGAUCCUUACAGAGAGAGGCUACUCUUUUGUCACCACUGCGGAACGGGAGAUUGUGAGAGAUGUAAAGGAGAAGCUUUGUUACGUAGCUCUGGAUUUUGAAAAUGAAAUGGCAACUGCUGCGUCCUCCUCCUCUCUUGAAAAGAGCUAUGAACUUCCUGAUGGGCAAGUCAUCACCAUUGGAAAUGAACGAUUCCGAUGCCCAGAAACUCUCUUCCAGCCAUCCUUCGUAGGGAUGGAGUCUGCAGGUAUCCAUGAAACUACAUACAACAGUAUUAUGAAAUGUGAUAUUGACAUCCGUAAGGAUCUGUAUGCCAACAACGUACUCUCUGGAGGAACCACAAUGUAUCCUGGUAUUGGUGAUCGUAUGCAGAAAGAGAUUACAGCUUUGGCUCCAAGUACCAUGAAGAUUAAGAUGAUUGCACCACCAGAACGUAAAUACUCUGUCUGGAUUGGGGGUUCAAUAUUGGCAUCGCUGUCCACUUUUCAGCAAAUGUGGAUCAGUAAAGAUGAAUAUGAGGAAGCUGGCCCCUCUAUUGUCCAUCGCAAGUGCUUUUGA